AUGGAGGCAGACCCUUAUGUCCAGAAAGCAUCGCAGGAUGCCCCGACCCAACAGAAAGCCGAAGAAGUCGGAAAUAUCGUCGAGCACGUCAAAACUGCCAUGCUCACUACUCGACACAACGGCGGUGCGUUGAACUCGCGUGCAAUGGCACCGGCGUCCAAAAAAGGCUUGAUGUUCGAAUUUGUUGCCAACAAUCAUUCUGAAAAAUUCGAAGACCUCCAGAAUGACCCCUCUUGUAACGUGUCUUUCUACGACCCCUCAAGCACGGAUUGGGUAUCAGUUUCAGGUCAAGCGAAAAUCAUCGAGGAUCACGAGGAAAUCAAGAAGAUUUGGAACUCCUCUCUGAGUGCUUGGUUCGGCAACUUAGGCGAUGGCAAGCACACCGGUGAUUACGACGAUCCGAGAGUCGCGGCAAUCCAAGUGAAGCCGACCGAGAUACGCUAUUGGAGCGCGAAGAGCAAAAUGUCCCAAACGAUGGACAUCGCCAAGGCCAAGAUCACCGGCAACGCGGCGGCGCCUGGCGUGUUAAGAGUCAUCAACAAUAAUGAGUUAUGUCAACUUGCCGACAUCAACGGUAAACAUGUUUGA